AUGAAGAGGAGAAAAGUUUUCACCCUGGUUUUAUUGAGCAUUCUGAUAACAAACACAGUUUGCCAAGAUAUACUCUCAUCCAAUGAUGAAAUGAUUAACGAUGCCCCUGGCGGAAAGGUUUUGCCAGCGUCAAAAGAUGCUUCAAAGCCCUCAAAAGAUGAAAGAGAACUUAAAGAUGGCGAGAUAGACAAAUUUUCCGCAAAGUUAAUGCGAGCGUUUGUUGUAAGCCGAGCGGCGAAGAAAAACAGAAAGCCCGCUUCAUCGAAUGGGGUACGAAUACAUGGUUCUAAAUCUAACAAAGGGAAGCAUAGAUUUGUGUUUCCAUCGAAAAAUUCAACAUUGAGCACAAGCAAACCUUUUGAAUCGAUCAAAACAAAAAUUCAACCUUCGGUUCCCCAGUUGACAACGGUAUCUACUGAAGGAAAAAUUAUCUCUUUUGAAUCGAUCAAAACAAAAAUUCAACCUGCGGUUCCCCAGUUGACCACGGUAUCUACUGAAGGAAAAAUUAUCACGUUAACUGACACACCAUACGAAAAUUCAGAGAGAAUUUUACAUGAAGGUGGUGCUACUAAAAAUGACAAGAGGAAAUAUACACAAAGUGAUAAACACAAAUCUCGGCCACAAAAUAAAGACAUAGUCACUGAAGAGCAAAAACCUCGCGGUGGGACCACAGUAACACCACUAGUACCUACCCGACAUGGUACCACCACAGCAAUACCAACCGCUACCUUUCUUGUUACCCCCCGAAUUCAACCAUCUGAAAGACUUCGUUCGGAAUUGUCCUAUGAUCAUGAUAAAGCUGGAUCUGAUGAGGAUACAAAAGACGAGCGUGUCACUAAAAAAGGAAAGAAUUGUCGUUUCUCAGCUGAAGAGCAGCCAAGAUCAAGUCCGCUAGCCACAAACUUUGCUGGAGUGUUGGCUGGAAUUUUAAUUUUGUUGCUGAUUUUCAUCGUCACUCCUCGUUUAACAAGAAUUUACAGCGACCGCUGGAGACGACGGAACAAUCCUGAAUUCGGCUUAAACAUUCCACCAAAUGGUUACUUAAGCGAAGAGUUGAGCGAGGAGGAAAUCAUCUUUGACCGAGCAGUCCUGGAACGAAAAAAUAGUUCAACGAAAAAUGGUUUCUCUAAAGCGUCAUCCUGGACAUCUUCGAAGUGGCUGACACCAGACCAUUAUUCAACUAUUCAGUCUUCAGGUGCAAAACAGGAACAGAAAAUAUGGACAUUGACCGAAAAGCCGAGAUCUACUCCCCUGAUGGCUGUUCCUGAGAACACUGAAAACCCCGAAGCAGAGAUUUUGACGGCCAAUAAGAAUCUGGAUCCAAAAUUAACGGAAUCUUGGUUAUCUACUUCAUCCCUGUCUGAAUCAGACACUUCUACACCGGCUGAAAUAUCUCGGUCUGGAUCUCUCACCAGUGUAUCUAUAUUUUCACUGACACCUGAAUUUGGAGGUCUUGACGAUGAAUUCUCCUCAUACGAGUCAACUUCAAGUUGUGGCUUUCCUGACACUAAAGUAUCCGAAUCACUGCCUGCAACAACCCUCUCGACUACUGCUUCAACUGAAUCCUCAAUUGUGACCAUCCCUGAAACAUCAUCAUUACCAAACCCUUCUACUCCUCAUCAGUUCUUCAGUUUGUUCCUUAACCCGGCUUCUUCUGAUAAAUUGGCACAAACCUCGUCGAUGGAACCAGAUCGCAUCAGUUCGUCCUCAGAGUCCUGCAAGACAGAUGCGACCCUCCCAGAGCCAUCGCCUUCACCACACUCAUCUGCUACGCGGUUGUCCUCAAUUCUAAGUCUACAGCCGGUCUCUUCUGAUGAACAAACACUAACAUCGUCAGUGGCAACGGAUCGCAAAUCCUGCAAAAUACCCGUGGCUCCUCGUAAUGAGGUUGUUAUUAGAAUUGACGAUGACGAGGACAAAGAAAUCUUUCACUCGAAUGAAAAUAAUGAAGAAAUAGUUGGCAAGGAUGUGAAAUCAGCGGGUCAAGUAUCGAUAACAAUGGAAGAUAUGGUAGAGGAAGCAAGCAAAGACACGUUGUUUGUCAGUCGAGUGUUGUAAAACAGGUUGCAAAAAACUGGUUAAAUUCUUAGAUUUACCGUACCAAAUCGCGAA